CACAGACUCACUAAGCUCCAUCGUCACCAUCAACGCAAAGUAUUAUAUCUGCUUAGCGUUUAUACUUCUACGUACUUUACUACGUACUUUAUUAUCAACAAUUAUACCAAGAUGUCUUCCAACAACAACACCCAGAACAUUGCCCAGAAGGUCCGCAGCAGCCAGCCCCAGAUGUUCCUAUCCCUGGCUCCCACGACCUCUGCCUCGUACCCCACUGCCCAGAGCAUCAAGCCCGCUACUCACGCCCGCCGCAGCUCCAGCCAGAGCAGCGUCGGAAGCGUGAACAGCCUGCGCUUCCUGAAGCUGGGCCCCGUCCACUACGGCGAGCACCCCGGCGAGCACAAGGAAGACUACCACGAGGUCGCCGUCGAGUAAACGGGUUCGCCUCGAGGAAACUUUUCUUGUUCUGUUCCAUCACUGUUUUCGGUUUUCCCCGC